AUGGAUGUCGACACACGACCGUCCAUGGCCGUCGCCGCCGCCCCGCAGCGAGUGGUGGCGGUGGUCUCUGAACCAUGGGACAGCGUGCACCAGGCCGACUCCAGGGCCGAAUCAUCCUCCAGCUCGACCCAACGCAAACCACCUCCACGCAAACGCUCGGCCAACCGCGUCAAAGCCAAAGCCGCCAACCCGCACGUCAUCUCCUCCAUCCUCGACUCGCUCGCCCUCGACACGCUCACACCGCUGCCGGACGUCGAGCGCAACGAUCAAUUCUCCGACACCGCGAGUCGCCUGUCGCGCCCGGACUCCACCAAGAACUCGGUCGCCAGCAGCGCAUCCAUCCACCGCAAUACGUCGUCGCCGGGCUUUGGUGUGGAGUAUGGGAACAGUCUGGAGCUCGACGACGAGGAGGGCGUGAGUGGCGCUGCGCUGCCGCCGACGAUUCCCACAUCCAGACCGCCAUCAGGCCUAUCCAACCGGACGAUAGUGAAACGCCCGGCUGCCUUCACCAAGCCCGCCCCGACUGCAUAUUUCAAAGGCAACCCUAGCUCUUCGCGGCGGAGCUCCCUCUCGGCGACAAGCACGAGCAGCGCCAGGAACAAACUGAGUGCAGAGAGUUGGGUCAGGAAGAGUUCGGCCGGCGACGAUCGCUCGGAAAGCUCGAGGGGAAGGAGGAGUCUGCGUCGUGUGGGUUCGCAUGAGAUGCUAAGGUCUAGUCAAGCACUGCAAUCUCAGAGACGUGUUCGCGAGAAAGUCCCUACCUCGUUGGCCGAGCGGAUCAUCGCGAGAUCUCCACCACAGCCCCCAUCACCAAAGCCUUGGCUCUAUCUUACAGACGACGCCGUGGUCGACGAGGCUCCGACAGACGCAGUAGUUUUUGAAGACAUCUUGGCGGACGACAUCGUCGUCGAUAGGGACCCUCCAGCUGACUCGCCCAUCACAACUCCAUCUUUCGUAGUGCACAAGACCCUCGGCAGCAUUGCGCGCAAACCAUCUCCGGAGCAUCACCUGGGGACUGCGAGUACACCUCCGAUUAAGGCCCCAAGCCCGAUUUCCGAUUCGAUCCCCACCCGUACUUCUUCCUUACGACAGUUGAGUAAAAGUCCGGCAUCCGGCAAACGCAAAAGCAAGAAGUCAAAGAGGCAUACUGCGACUCCCGGUAAAUCUGAAACAAUGUCCUACAAGCGCUCGAAGUCUAUUCCAGACGCAAGCUGGGCCGACCUGGAUGAGGACGAUGAGACUGUAAAACGUAUAAAACAGUUGAGGCAGCAGCGAAAGUCGAGAAUGCAGGAGGUCACCACCUUUCCGUCACCCAUCGAGUCGCCCCACGAAGAGAGUGAGGCCCACCACACCCUGGUCCAUGAGCUGGCAAUUCCGCGACGCCACGAGUCAAAGCAGGCCACCCGGCACCUUCAAGCAGCCAAUGGAGCCGCGAUUGACCGUUUGGAACAACCCAAGAUGCGAAGCUCCAAACGUGAGGGCAAACAGCCCCGAGCUUACCAUGAAUCGCCUACGAAUGGUGCAAAAGCUGUUAGCGACCUUGCAGAGUCCAGUAGUCGAGUGCAGUACGCAUUGGAAGUGAAGCGACCACUCUCUUUGCAACAUCGACCGACCACGUCAAGAUCAGAAACUUCCGUUCAGCCGCCGUCUUUGGACUACUUCUACUCGCAAGCCGUGGAUACUCUCAAUGGUAUAGAGCAGCAUCCAAGCUUGAGCAGGGGAACUCCGAGCCGAACAUCGUCCGAACAUCAUGCGCAUGACUUGGCUGUCAAGGCGCCAGAUCAACAAGGACUGGGUCCUUCACCGCAGAGUAAAUCAUCAAAGAGAUCUAAAAGAACGCCAGAGCAUAGAUGGACAGUCCAUCCAGACUUACCGUCGGACUUUGAAAGAAGGAAGAGUCGGCGGAAGUCGAUGAGCGAUGCACGUCAUGGCCGUGGCGCACAAGAGGAGGGGCAGCUGGAGCGGAGAGACAGCAUUGAAGAUGCUGUUGUUGAUUAUUUGGACUCCCCAAGACUAAGUCGAACCGUCAAGCGUGCCACGUCCGGCCGCACCAUCGCCUUUUCCGAAGUAGGUGAUCCCGAAGGCGCAGCAGUAUUCGUCUGUGUUGGAAUGGGACUCACGCGAUAUGUCACGGCUUUCUUCGAUGAGCUGGCUGUAACACUGCGACUGCGGCUGAUCACCCUGGAUCGUCCUGGCGUUGGUGGCAGCGAGCCAUUCCCGUCGUCCGAUAAAAGCGGGCCUUUGAGCUGGCCUGAAGACGUACUGGCCGUGUGUCAGCACUUGGGGAUUGUCAAGUUCAGCAUACUGGCCCAUUCUGCAGGCGCUAUAUAUGCGCUCGCGACGGCGCUGAUUCUGCCUCAUCUUGUCAAAGGUAAGGUCCAUCUCCUGGCGCCAUGGGUCCCGCCGAGUCAGCUUGAAGCUAUCUCCCACCCUACGGCAUCGGCGCCUCCUGCCCACCCUCUUCCGCGUAGCCAACGGUUCCUUCGUGUACUACCAACGCCAUUCUUGAAGGCGGCAAAUUCUUCAUUCAUGACAGCGACCUCGGCGUCUCUGAAGCCCGCAAGCAAGCGGAGUACUGCCAAAGCACAAGUCAAGUCUCCGCCUCCACGGCGAGCACCAGAACCAGCGACCUCUCCGCAGCGGCCCAUGAGUCAUGAUCGACCUGAAUACAACCGGCGCGAGUCGAUGAUGAUGAUGAUGGACCAGUUCAUGCCAGAAAUCAAUCCUUUGGAGAAUUUCCCAAUACCAGUCAAGGAAGAGCAAGAACAUGACGAUUCGCUCAAACGGGGCUCGUUGUUUCUGUCGGCGACAGCUUCGCCGAUGGAUCCUGGGCUGGCAUAUGCAAACAUUGGACUGAGCGCGGCUGAGCACGCAGACAGGGAGCGCCAAGUAGAGUACACCAGCCGUUUGACACGGCGUACGUGGGAGUUGGCGACGCGAGACAGUAAUCCUGCGACAGACUUGGUUGUGUGCUUGGAGCGCAGUCGAGACGUUGGUUUUCGAUAUACCGAUGUAGGGCGCGAGGUUGUCAUCCACCAUGGUUCAGAAGACAAGCGCGUGCCUCUUGCCAACGUGAAGUGGCUGGCCGAGCAGAUGAACCGACGCGCCCUCGGGCUGAAUCUCGGCAUGGACGCGCGCGAGAGCAAAGAGAGUUGGGCGGAUGCAGCAGGCAAGGGUGGCUGCGAAGUUCGCGUGCUGCAAGGCGAAGGUCAUGGAUUGAUGGCCAGCCCGUUGAUUAUGGGCGAUGUGCUCGAGGAGAUUGCAGGCUACUGGCUUGGAGCAGAUAAGGGAAGGUUGUGA